AUGGCAUUUGCAGGAAUUCUGACCGAUGCUGACAUCACUGCAGCCCUUGCUGAAUGCCAAGCUGCUGACUCCUUCAAGUACAAGGAGUUCUUCGCCAAGGUCGGCCUGGCUGCCAAGACCCCCGAUGACAUCAAGAAGGCCUUUGCCGUCAUUGACCAGGACAAGAGCGGCUUCAUUGAGGAGGAUGAGCUGAAGCUGUUCCUGCAGAACUUCUCUGCCAGUGCCAGGGCUCUGACUGAUGCUGAGACCCAGGCAUUUCUCAAGGCUGGUGACUCUGAUGGCGACGGCAAGAUUGGAAUUGAUGAGUUUGCUGACUUGGUCAAGGCAUAA